AUGGAGUCUGCGAAGUUAGAGAUCGUCAUCCACUGCGCAAAGGGUCUCAAAAAUGUCAAACACCUUAGCAGCAUGAAUCCCUACGCAGCUGUUUGGAUCGCUGGAGAUGGCGAGUUAUCCAAACCUCAGGAAACACAUGUUGCAGAAAAAGGCCAUUGUAAUCCUACAUGGGAAUGUUCCAUGCAUUUCAAUAUUAUCUCCAUCAACACAAAGUCUACCCUCUGCUUUAAGAUUAUACACCGCGGGCUGUUGACGAAACGGAAAAUAGGAGAAGUUCAAGUGCCGUUUACAGUACUUCUUGCUGGAGAUGCUCGUGAGUGUUGUAAAGGCAUAUACCAGGUGACCAUACCAUCUGGUAAGAAACAGGGGGAAAUUAUAGUAUCACAUAAAUUCUCAGAAUUGGCUGUUAGUUCAAGUAAAGAUGAUGGCAGUGGCCCAAGCAGGGUUACUCGCGGUCUGAGAAGGAAGAAACCUGGAACAUUUAAAAUGGUUACAACAAAAGUAUUGGAAAAAGCAGGUUAUAGUGCGGUUGAAGGUAUCACUUCGGGUGUGGCUACGACUGGCACAACGUUUUUGAUGCAGCAAUCCCUUAAGGAUGAAGAUGAAGAUGAAGAUAAAGAUGAAGAUGAAAGACGAAGAUGA